AUGUGGUUUCUGCAUGGAGAAAAAAUCACAUUUAGUAGAGAAUCUCCAUCUAAGAAGAAUAAUUGUGAUUAUGUGAAUGAUGAUGAGAGAGAUGACACUGUAGAAAUGAUAGGUGACGCACAAUUUGAAUCAAAUUUUGAUCCAGUGAAAUUUCAAACUAUGUUAGAGGAUGUUGAGAAACCCAUUUACCCUGGUUGUAAUAAGUUCACUAAACUGUCAACACUUCUUAGGUUGUAUAAUAUAAAAGCUAAACAUGGGUUGAGUGACAAGAGCUUUACAGAUAUACUUUCCUUUCUAGGAGAGUUAUUACCCGAAAAUAAUGAAAUGCCAUUGUCGUUUUAUGAGGCAAAGAAGACAUUACGUUUCUUAGGCAUGCAAUACGAAAAAAUUAAUGCUUGUCCUAAUGAUUGCAUCUUGUAUCGAAAAAGAUUGGUUGAUGAAAAUGCAUGUCUGACUUGUGGUGAGUUAAGAUGGCAGAAGAAAAAGAAUUAUGAUGAGGAUGGUAAACUUAGACAUCCAGCUGACUUGCCUGCUUGGAAGAGAAUCGAUUGGAAAUGGCCUGAGUUUGGUAACGAACCUAGAAAUAUUCGUUUAGGCCUUUCUGCUGAUGGAAUUAAUCUACAUACUUCCCUAAGUAGUAAAUAUAGUUGUUGUCCUGUUAUGCUUUCCAUUUACAAUCUACCACCAUGGUUGUGUAUGAAGAGGAAGUUUACUAUGUUGACAUUGUUGAUAUCAGGUCCUAAACAACCCAGAAAUGAUAUUGAUGUAUAUCUAGCUCCUCUUAUUGAUGGUUUAAGCACUCUAUGGUAUGAAUGUGUUGAUGCUUAUAAUGCAUAUAGGAAGGAAGAGUUCAAACUUAGAGUUGUGUUGUUAUGGACCAUUAAUGAUUUUUCUGCCUUACGCAAUCUAUCCGGGCUUAGUGUGAAAGGGUACAAGGCAUGUCCUAUCUGUGAGGAGAACACAUGUUCUCAAUAUUUGAAGCACUCUAGAAAGAUUUGUUACAUGGGACAUAGAAAUUUCUUACCCCGUGAUCAUGUCUUCCAAAGAUGGGAAAAACCAUUCAAUGGUUCACAAGAGUUUGCACUGGUUCCACAACCAUUAUUUGGAAGACAAUUGGUCGAAAACUUGAAUAAAGUCCAAUUCAAACUAGGAAAGCACAAACAAAGCAUGAAAAGAAAGAGAGGACAUGAAAAUGGUGAGGAGGUUCAAAUUGAUCCUAAGGUUUGUUGGAAGAAGAAGUAUAUAUUCUUUGAGCUUGAAUACUGGGAGCAUUUGGUCCUACGUCAUAACUUGGAUUUCAUGCAUAUUGAGAAAAAUGUGUUUGAUAGCCUUAUUAGUACAUUAUUGAAUAUUCCUGGAUGGAGUAAGGAUGGAAUCAAAGCUCAACUAGAUUUAAAAGAUAUGGGUGUUUGUACAAAUUUAGCACCAAAGGUUGGCGAGAAAUGA